ACAUGUACUGGCAUUAACGGGUUUACCAGUCUCAUAGACGUGCAGGCAGAGGGUGGCAUCCGAGGUAGGGCUGUACAGUAAACAAUUUUGGUACGCUUGCAAUGAUACAUAGCAGAACCGCAUGCUAGUGCAGACGUCGCAUGCCGCAUGUGCACGCCUGUCAGUGGAGCCUGGGUGCACACAACCAUACAAGCUGGACCAGGAGGAAAACAAUCUCAAGCGCGUAUUUGGGCUCUCCUCGAGGGCUCAUGAUUGCAUGAUGAGAGAGAAGAGGAUCUGCUGCUAUCAUGAACGAAUGUAAAACAUACCACAGAUUUUAGGCAGGCAUUGGUGGAUAAAAAACCCCCAAGCAACUCGGCCAGCAAUGGAGAACCAGCUGGCGAUGGAGCAGCAGAGCUACGAGGACGUACGGAAAAGCGGUUAUCUCCGCAAGCAGAAAUCUAUGCACCGGCGCUUUUUCGUUCUCCGGGCUGCAUCGGAGCAGGGCCCGGCCAGACUAGAAUAUUAUGAAAACGAAAAGAAAUUCCGAAGCAAAUCACCAGUCCCAAAGAAAGCAGUGAACAUAGACUCUUGCUUCAACAUCAACAAACGGGCAGAUUCAAAGAACAAGCACAUGAUAGUGCUGUAUACCCGCGGGGAGAGCUUUGCCAUAGCCGCGGACACUGAGGAGGUCCAAAACGAAUGGUACCAGGCCAUGCUGGAUCUACAGUGUAAAUGUAAGACUCCUGAUGAGUGUGGCAGUGGAGGAGACUGUGAACUGCCUUCCCCUGGUCCUGCCUUUAAGGAGGUCUGGCAAGUUAAAGUCUGGCCAAAAGGUUUGGGCCAGGCCAGGAAUCUAGUUGGAAUCUACAGACUUUGCUUAACGGACAAAACAGUCAACUUUGUCAAACUCAACUCUGAUGUUGCAGCUGUGGUCCUCCAGCUGAUGAAUGUUCGACGCUGUGGCCACUCAGAGAACUUCUUUUUCAUUGAAGUGGGUCGUUCUGCCAUGACAGGCCCUGGAGAAUUCUGGAUGCAAGUAGAGGAUUCAGUGGUGGCACAGAACAUGCAUGAGACCCUUCUUGAGGCCAUGAAGGCUCUGAGUGAAGAGUUUCGUCAAAGAAGCAAAUCCCAAACUGUUGGUGUGAGCUGUGGAGGAGGAACUGCCUCUAACCCUAUCAGUGUACCUUCUAGACGACACCACCCAAAUCUACCACCUUCCCAGGUUGGUUUUUCCAGACGUGCUAGAACGGAAACCCCUGGAGUCUCGAACACCAACACGUCUCCAACUCCACGGCACGGAUUCUCUAGGUCACGGACAGCCAGCAUUGGGGCUCGUACAGAGGAUGGAGGGGGCAGAGCAACGGCACUCAGCACAAGUCCGAGUCUCAAUGGUUCAUCCUGCUCAACUACCCCAACCCUGAGGCCUAAACCCACACGAGCACCCACUCCAGCGAAGAUCACCCUCAGCCUAGCACGAUACACCCCAAACCCUGCACCUUCCCCAGCCCCCAGCCUCUCAUCCAGUUCUGGUCAUGGGUCAGAAUGUGGGUUAGGUGGAGCUGCCUUUGGAACAGUGCCCAUCUGCACUUAUGCUCGAAUUCCUCAGAGAGUGUCCAUGUCAGGAUCACCUAGUGAUUAUGGUUCCUCAGAUGAGUAUGGCUCCAGCCCCGGAGAGCACUCCCUGCUUGCCUCAGGGCUCCCUGGUGCCCUUGUUGAAGGUAGAGCCAGUUAUAUCCUGAUGGGUCACAGAGAAGGGUCUCACAAACGUGUUCAUGGACGCAAGGUUCUUCGUCGUUCAUCUAGUCGCGAGUGUGAGGCUGACCGCAGGCUGCUCAGCAAGCGUGCUUCCUUACCCCCCACCUCUACCCAGGAGCGUUUGGUCCCACACCGCAGGGAGGAGGAAGAAGAGGAUGAAGAAGACUAUGCAGUGAUGUCACGCAGUGCAAGUAGAGAGUCUUUCAUUUCACGCCGAGGCUCAGGGGGUUCAGCUACAACAUCAUUGGUGCAGGAAAACUCAGCAGACAAAGGUGUCAGUACUAAAGGGGGGCCUGAAGACUCCUCAAUUGAGAGUGGCUACAUGUCCAUGUUGCCAGGUGUUACAGCUCCUCCUGCUUCAUUGUCACUAUCAGUUUCUGGUUCAGAUGUAGUGCCAAAGGGUGGAGAUGAAUACAUGGCCAUGACUCCUAAUAGUAGUGUCUCACCCCCUCAGCAAAUCCGCCUACCCAUUAAUGAGGGCUACAUGAUGAUGUCUCCUAACAGUAGCUGUUCACCAGACUUGCAUGGCCUGAGUGGAUGCAUUUGGGGCAGCAGGGGCAGCAUGGAGAGUCGGGCAGGCAGCGACUACAUGAACAUGUCACCUAUUAGUGCCAGGUCAGCUUGCAGUACUCCUCCAUCACACCCAGAGCAGCAACCACAGCAGCCAAAGAUGGUCUAUUCUUAUUUUUCGCUGCCACGUUCAUAUAAACACACUGCCCUCUCAACCCGUUUUGAAGAUGAUCUGGAUAGGGUUUGUAUGGGUAGAGGUGAAGCUGGAGGAAAGGUUGGUUACCAUUGUGGAGGGGACACACCUGUGGGCUCAGGUGGUGGUGGACAACUCUCUCUGUCCUCAUCCUCUUUCUCCUCUAGUUCAGCUAGCAGUGAAAGCCUUGAAGACAGGUCGUUGUCUCUGUCUGUUGGUGGAGUGGGAAGAGCAGCCAGACUGACCACAGGACACAGGGUAGGGGGAGCUCACCCCAAAGUUUCAGCCCAACACCAUCACCAGCAGAAAUGUGGGCCAGGUUUUCAGAAACAGGGUCAUUUACAGCCAAGAAAGGACAAGUUGUCCAACUUUUUUGUGGAUAUGUCCAAAGCCAAUACGUUGCCGAGAGUCAAGGAGACUUUGCUCCCAACUGCAUCCUUGAGCCCUGGAGAGUAUGUGAGCAUUAUUUAUCAGAGUGAGCGAAGAGGACAUAACAAGGGGAGGACUACAGCUGAGCCAGGGAACUCCAUGGCACAAAGACAACAAAGAGCCUUUCACCGACCACAGCCAUGUCAAGGUGGAUCUGCCAACCUUCCCCGGAGCUUCUCAGCACCCCUCUCCACCUCUAUCUCUUUAUCCUCUGAAUAUGUGAACAUGGACUUAGGUAACUCACCUUCUCUCACUCCUCUCUCUUCUUUUAAACCUGCUCCAAAGGUCAGAGAGGAGAUCAACAGAGCUUCUCAUGUAAAACAAGAAGUGGAAAUGGGACUCAGGAAGAGCAGCAUGACAAGCUUGACAUCUACAGAUGUCACUGCUGCUCCUUUUACAGACUAUACUGAGAUGAAAUUUGGAUUGGAUGGAGAUAAAACAUCCAUGUCCCCUAAACCUGGCCAAACACCUCUACCAUCCUCCAUGGAGCAGGAGCAUAACAUGAAUUAUCCUUCACCCAAAGCUUUUUCAAAUGUGGACCAGGGUGCCCAUCUAGUGAGGGCGGAAUCAUCAGCAAGAAGGCGGCAUCGCUCUGAGACAUUCAUAGCACCUCCAACUCUCAACCUCUCCCCCUCUGCUUCCCCUUCUCCUUUUCCUGAAACACCACAUUGUGGUCCACCACGACAGCAAGGAUUAGAGAACAACCUUUGGUCUAAUAAUCAGCCACCCUCUCCACAGUGUGCCAGCCCUGGAGUGGCAACUCUUCCUGCUGCUCAGGCAUCUUCCUUAAACCUGGAGCAAGGCCUGAACUACAUUGAUUUAGACUUAGUCAGUAAGGAGAAUCAAACCAGUGUGGAUGGACCUUCUGGUCCUCACUCAUUUUUCUCUCCUGUAGUUGGAGGGUUGACUGGGGGAUUGGGUGGAGCAGGAGGAAACACCACCUCCAGCAUCAACACAUAUGCCAGGAUUGAUUUCAUCAAAUCGGAUGAAUUGAGAGUUCAUCAGAGCAGCAGGAAGGACAGCAAAGAUUGUUAAUGUGCUCCUGCAUUCAGUCCAGUCAGCACUUGUCCUUCCUGCGUGAAUGCGUUUGUCUGUGUGUGCACCUGAUGUGAUCUGAAAAACGGUGCGAUUGCCCACAUCCCUCAGCAGUGGACUCUUAACUGCCCUUGCCUCAUAACAACAUUUACUCUCAUUAGCUGUCAUUGGUUCAGCCAAAAUAAAAUUUGUGCCAAAAGACGGACAUUACCGCCAGAGAUCACUGAAAUGGACGUGUCCUUCAACCACUUAUGAAGGGCCACUGCCAACAAGGAGCCAAUGAUAUUCCUUUUUUCCUCUUCCACAAACUUUAAAUUAUUGUAAGAGAGAUGUUAAAUAGAUGAAAAAUAUAUAGCAAACAUAAUAUUACUGAGAAUAAAUCUAUCUAUCUAUCUAUCUAUCUAUCUAUCUAUCUAUCUAUCUAUCUAUCUAUCUAUCUAUCUAUCUAUCUAUCUAUCUAUCUAUCUAUCUAUCUAUCUAAAUACAACGUUUUUUUUUAUAAAAGUGCCUCAUUUUUGAUUGUAGCCAUUUUUACACAGGUCUCAGUGUGCUCUGUAAAAGAAAAAUGCUUUAGAUAUUAUUUGUUUGUUUGUUUGUUCCUUUGCCUUCCCAAUCCUUUGUAUUCGCUAUGCUGAACAAAGUUGAAAAACAGUUACAGUAUAAGAGAGAUGGAAGAAUAGAUGGAAGCGCUUUAUUUGCUAUGGUUUGUGUAUUCAGAUUGCCUUACUGUGCUGGAUUUGUGUAUGUGCGUGUGUAAUCAGUCAUCCAAGCCUCAGCCAUGCUGUGCUUCAGUUCACUACAAAAAGAUUUGGACACACACAAAGAGAGGUCAAAACUGAUUGCAUAUAACACUGUGUGAUUUAAACUUUAGUGAAUGCAUCUGCUCCUCAACACACAGAU